AUGGCCUACACUCUUCGUCUACAAGCACUGCUGUUGGUAUUUAUUUGCGUAGGUGAGCCAAUUACUGUCUUGCAAACCAAUCAAGGCGUAUACUGAUAAAGCCAUGAUAACAUCGGUUUUUUCAAUUCAUGCAAACUAUCUUAAUUAUGAUUCCUUAUGCUUAAUCGUAAUGAAAACUGACUGAAUAGAACGAUAAACUCCGCCUUAGGUCUCGGCUAAAAGAUCAGUUAUUUUCGACAAACAUUGUAUAUGUCAUGCACAGCAUAGGGAAACUUAACGAUCAAACAAUUGUUAACGUGAUGCAAAAUUUUGAAUGAAAAUGGUUUAUCUAAAUCCAGCUUGAUCCAGAUCAAACAUCGAAAGCCAAUAAAAUGCAUUAUUGAGAGAGGUGGCUUAACGGUAAAGGAUGCUCUUUCAAUACGAUGUUGGACGAAAAUGCUUGACCGUUUAGCCGUGCGGCCUUAGAUGUUCACCGAACCGCUCUCAUUGUCGUGGUGUUUUUCCACACUUUCUUAACUAGAGCUAACGCUUCCUGAUAAUACGGUUAAAACUAUAACCAACACCUUCUUGGCCCUUUUUUCAUAUAAACAAAGCUUAUUGGCCUUAGUGGUGCUGUCUCAGGUCAUAGUUGUCCUGCUUACUUUUAACAGGAUGGAGUGCGCAGGCUCGUAAUAUCGACGUAAUAAGAGAACAGAGGUCAAUUGGGGAAGGUACGUUUCAAACCAGUGCCAUUUAAACCUUUCAAGAGUAAAAGUGGCCAAAAAAAAUCUCAUGCACUUUUCUGAAAUGUAAGAAAUAAGUACUACUAAGCGAACGUUCUGCUAAGGAGGUUUCAUUUGAAUGGUAAUAACGUAAGUUCCUCCUACAGAAUAUAAAGGUGGUUUGCCUCAUAAUCUUGACAUCCAUGGUAAAAUUAUUAAAAACCUAUCAACAGUGGUAACAUAUCAAAUAUGGAUAUGUAGCAUAAUAUCCACUUUUGCAAUAGGUGGUUUUCAUGCAAUCUCGGGAGACACAAAUAACAAUGGUGAAAUGAACAAAUGCUGGUGGACAAACAAAACGAGCUAAUGAGCGAUCUUUUGUUUACCGUCCACCAGCAUGGCGGCGAUGACGUAACGUGAAAACCACCUAUAGCCCGUUUUCCAGUUCGCUAUGACCGCUGAAUUAAAGAAGUGAAGACGCAUUUUUUACAGCCCUAGCUUCCAUCUGAAGUAAUAUAUUCACAAAUUUCAACGAGAAAAAGACCUGUUUAUUACUCUGUCUAUUGUGUAUAUUCAAAUUGCAAACACUUACUUGCCAGAAUUUCUGAAUAUUUUACUUUGCGUCGAGGCUAACCCUGUAUGAAUGUGUCGUUAAUGUUUGUAUUCAGCGGUGAUUUUUAAUUCGAAACUGGACUACUGUUAGAAUGCCUGUAAUGGCCCUCCCCUCUCCCGAAACAAUGUUGUGAUAAGCAAUCAGUUUUCAGGACAGGAUAAAGUGGACAGGGUGCUCAAAUACAACAUUGUUUUGGGGUGAGGUAGGAAGGGAGACAGUUUCAUUUCAGUCGUAUUGUGUUAAGUGUCCCAAGACUUUUGACCUCCAUUGUUGGUCUAUGAGCAAUAACAUACGUUGCCUGUGAGCAACUUUGAGAACACUGACUCUCUCUUACCCAAACGUACUAGUUAAAAGAACCGACCCCUUACGGUGUGCUAAGCUCGCCGAGCCAAAUGUGUCUCUCCAAAAUGCGCAUCCUCGUGACGUACUCCAAGACAUUCUUCAUUAACGUGCUGUGUUAGAGUGUCUUGAGCGGCCCAUAACUUUAAGCAGUGGAGGGUCUAUUUGAGUAUGUUUGAUUUCUUGCCCAUAAACUGGUAUUUUUCGAGAUUUAAAACCGGAGUUUCCAGUGGGAAACAGUUAAGAUUAUAAGAGCGUAUUAUACCUUCAUUAGUAAAAAGGUUUGUAUAAAUAUGAGGUGGGGGGGAAGGGGAUAUUUUUCAAGUUGAAUUAUUAUAUUUUAAAGGAUAUUUUUUCUUUCUUUGUUUCUCUAGAAUGUGGUGGUAUUUAUAAGGAGGCAUCUCAUUGUUGGCCUUUCAAUACUAGUUUCAAGAAUGUCGUUUCGAAAGAUUUGAAAGGUGAUAGACAAGCUUCAUUAAAGGUAAGUGGAAGUUUUUUGUGAUUUGUUUGGUAUUAUUUUGCCACCCGUCUCUAACAUUUAUUUCGUAAAGGAAGACAAGCAAAAAGAAACAGAGAUACUUAACGUUUUCCAUCUACCUUUAGACAAAAAAAGUACAUCCGGUUAUAAGCCCCCCGGAUAUAAGCCCCCUUCCCUCCACUUGUAAGCACCCUAUAGGCCCAUCUACCUGUGGACAAAAAAGUACAUCCGGUUAUAAUGCAGACAUAGUAAUUUCUGCAAGCAGAAUACUGCAAUGCUGAUCGUACUACGUGGAAAUUAACUCUGCAAAACAUCAACACGGCACCGAAAGAACUCAAAACAGAGCAGGAUUGUAGCCAUAGACAGCUGUUUCGCCCUUUUUGGGGCUCGUCAGUAUAGCGCAACAACCAGAGAAUUAGCUCUGAUGAAAAAUAUCCGCGCACUCUGAUUUUAAGCCCUGGCCCAGAACCCUCAACACCCACAGAAUCACGCCAUACCACGUGUCUUCUGGAGGGUAAGAGUCCAAGUAUUAAGUUGAUGCCUCGCAGAGAAAAUAAAGAAUUGGCCAAAACCAACCUCAAAAACAUGGACAGCACCAUGCAAGAAUUACAGCAUAUCGGAUCUAUAAAAGAUCUACCGCCCAAAAAUUCAUAAAGUACAAACAUUAAACAUAAAGGAAUGCAAAGGACCGCAAACGAAUAUGCCGAAGAACGUAGGAUCUAUAAAGACCUGAUCAGCAAAAAUAAUAAGCCCCCGGAUAUAAACCCCCUCCCCCCCACUUGUAACCACCCAGUUAUAGGCCCAUCUACCUGCGGACAAAAAAAUACAACCAGUUAUCAGCCCCCUUUACGUAAAUGAAUUCGAUUUUUACGACGUUUUGAAUCUUUAAAAAGUGCGUAAAUUCAAACAUUAUUUUGAAAAGUAUUGUUAUGUACUUGUUUUGGAACGCUGUUUUUAGUCCGAUUAUAAACCCUCUUAAACCCCUUUCGAAGUUAUAUAAGCCCUGUGAUUAUAAGCGGAAGUUUACGGUAUGGCACUCUUGAAAGGAGAAGGGAACUCAACGAAUUUCACCAUUUGCAAUGCCAAGGAACGGUUUGAUCCCCUAUUUCCAUGCAUUUUUACUCCUUUGCAACAUUGCCGAAAAAUUAGUGGAGGUAUGCCACUUUUGAAAGGAGAAGGGAACUCAACGAAUUUCCCAUUUGCAAAUUUCCAAAAAUUAGCCGAGUGGAAAGCCCGGUUAAGAUUAUAAGCCCUGUCAUUACAAGCGAAGGUUUACGGUAUGCCACUUUUGAAAGGAGAAGGGAAAUGGAACCAAAAUGUGUCCAGCACACACCGGUCAGCUAUUAGCCUCUCACGCAGGCGUUUUUAGGGGAGCUCGAUUUCGUCCCUCCCCACAAACGCCUACUCAACCGAGAAUAAUAUUCCUUUCAAAUUGUUUUGUUCGCGUGGUAAGUGACCAAUCAACAGUUUUGAAAUAAAAUGUUGACAGGCUGAACACGACUGAUAAGCUCGUGGUAGUGUAAAAACGUGACUCUAGAGUUGCCUUUGUCUUUCGCUAAGGUUAUGCAGGUGCAUGGGACGUUUCGCGUUGCAGUCAUGCAAAUCAACGGCAAGGAAAUGUACAGUAUUAUUCUGGUCAAAAAAUGGAAUCCUCGGAUUCAAAAAUGUGAUGAAAGAAGGUAUCUGAAAAAUUAUCUCCUCGUAAUACGUUAAAUUGCAUCUAAAAUUUUCGGACUAAAACACUGAGAUGCAAAUUUUAUAGCUUUUACUGGUUGGUUUCUUUUGUUUUCACGCUCCGCUCUGAGUUUAACAUUUAUUAGGGUUUGGACAACAUAUUAUGGAGUAAGACGUCAUGGACGAAAGACUUUCCCAGAGUUUCAAACAGAUCGAGUAAUUAUCGGGUUACCCUGCGGUCAAGGUCAACCUUCCAGGAUUAUGAAGGUACAAUGUGAUUGGCUAAGCUUGGGAAAGGAAUGUUGUUCUCGAUUGAGCAGGCGCUUGUCGGAUGGGACGAAAUGCGAGCUCGCCUAAAAAGGCCUGCGUGGGAGACUAGUCAGCUAUUGGCCAAAAGUCCGCGAAAGUUGACUCGGCCAAGAUCCCACUCGUUUCUAAAGUGGGGAAUAUAUACAGUACGUUUGAUUCUGAAGUGUUCAUCUAUACGAUUGUGUUAUUUUGUCAGAAUGGAGCUAGAAUUGUUAAAAGUCCAGUGAGAGGAAAAGUGGCCUCAACAGAAAAGGGAGGAUCCAAUAGCUGGAUUGAUUUAGGCAACUUUACUGGUAAGAUGAGUGCAGCCAAAUCAUGAGUAACACACAAAGUUGAAGGCCAACGUGUAUGUUUUUUAGAAUUUUAUUUAUUAACAAGAUUUUGACAUGUUGCUGAAGUGAGUUUCAGUUUGUGUUGUAUCAUCUCCUUUUCUUCAAACAGAAAGUCGAUUACAUCUAUAUUUAUUUAUCUAUUUAUUUUCAUUUUUUGAAUGCAUCAGCGCAUCAGUGAACACACAAGCUCAAAUCGAUCGUGAGGCACAUGAAGGAACAUGGGGUUGAGAAACAAACGCUCACGGACGAUUUUUCGGAUCUCAAAUACUGGGGAAAUAAACUCGAAUGUUUUGUUUACUAGAUACUUGUUAUGCAAGAACUCAAACCAUCACUGAAAGUGCAAUCGGACUCGAUUUGUACUAAGCUUUUCUAUAAAGAAAUCUACAUAAAAAUGAAAUAUACACGGAUGCAAUCUAACUUAUUCAAACUCAUUUAAAAAAACUCAUUAGAUCAAUAUUCAGUGGGCGUACUGUCCAAUAGACAUCGCGGAUUUAGUCACUUGUAAGGACCUUUAUACCCGGUUAAACUCAACAAUCUGAAAAGCCAGUGGAGGGCUUUGAAUUCAGCCUCAGGGGAAAGACUGAAACAAUGGGUGUACUGAUAGGGAUGAACAUCUAUACAAAGAAUACUAAUAAACAUGAACAGGACGGUCCUCCUAAUUUGCAAAUAAAUGAAAAGUCAAAAAUUUGACAAAAUUUCUCUUCUACAGAAAGUUCAAUUUUUUUUUCAUCCAUAACCGAACAUAAAAACCGAUGACCGGUCAGAACUUAAAUAUUCUAAAAAGAAAUACGAAGUAGCGGAAUGGGCUCAUCCCGGGCGGUGUAAGAUCCUGUUAAACCCACAGGUGCCGUAAAACAAAGAAAACAAAGAAGUCAACACAAUAUAGAACCCAGAAAAACAAGGUUGCGAAACAAGAAAAAGUUCACAGGUUCUUACACCGAGGUAAACCGGCGAAAUGAGUCACAAGCAACAAAAUUUCAUAGGCCAUUUCCGAGUUCCCCCGGGCUUCUGUAUCAAAACGAAGUGAAGUGCUCAGUCUUGGAUAUGGAAAUGAUUUGUCAUUUUCACGCAAAUAAAACUCAUUUCCACAAGAAAGGUUGUGCAUUUGGCCUCAUUUUGAAAGAGAGAGUUUUUGGAUCUCGAAAGUGGCCUAUUCUUGCCAGUUUGCAAUUCCGUAAAAAUUAUCAUAUGUCCAUUACGUCGCGUCGCAGUUACAUUUAGCGACACUCGACACUCAGUGAUAGCCGUGUAAACCGUUUACUUCAGUUGCAUAAUGCACUUGCAUAAAUAUUUCUGCCCAAAAUUUGUUAUUUUUGCUGCUUCUGUUUAACUUUUUUCAAUCAACCCGUUUUAAAACGAAAAAUGCAUUGAUUAGCAAUCCUAUUUCGAUUAAAUACUCCGGCGACGUUUUUGAAGCUGCUGAAGGCAGUCACAGCACGUGAUUUGCACGGGUUAAAUAUUUUCGCGCUUGAUGCGCGAACUUUUCGCCCGUGAUAAAUCAGUGCUGUUCCUGGUUUAAAAAUUACUUCAACUCUUUUAACAACUUGAAAUUAAAAACUAAAAAGUUCUCACUCUUGAUAAUGAUGUUCGAAUCAUCGAAACUUCGAGUAACGUUCUUAAGUUUAAUUUUUCGUGUUAAAUGCUUAAACAUCUGAUUUAGCAAGAAACUGACUAUCGGAUCUUAAACGCUACAAUCGAAUGAAACGCAGCCUAUCGAUGAGAAGAACAGGUAUAGCAAUAUACUUUUUAAACCAGGAUAAAACAGAAGGCAUCAUUUUUCACGUCACAGUAUAUUUUUUGGAGCUUUGCAAAUACGGUUCUGGGCUGGUGGCCUGAGCCGAAGUGCUUGUGUAGGGACGCAAAAGCAAACACCAGGGAACUCUGCACAGUGCUAUGUACAAUUUGUUUCAGAAGCGGAAGGAAAAAGAGAGUAGAGUAUAUCGGGAUGUUUUUUACUGCCCUGUCACUGAUUUCAAAAGAACAGAAACACAAAUAUCCAAAAUGUAUCACACAUUUACAGUCUUAAGCCCCAAUUGCUGCCCGUAACACGACACAACGCUGAAAAAUUUCUCUUUUAGAGCUGACAUUGUAUGACUUAAUAACAUUCAAUUUCUCUCGUGGCAUGGAAUCUUUCAAACUUUUGGAGACAAAAUAAAGAAAUUAUUAUGGAAUUUUUAAAAAAGGGCCUAUUCGAAGUCAUUGUUCCUUUAAACAAUUCCCGGAAUAACAGGUUGCGUUCCUUCCCUAGUAUUUCACUCUUCCUAAAAGUGAGCUACGUUUUUCCUCCUUGAAGGGGCUAUCUCACACUAUCUUUUCUUUUUUGAAAAAUUUAAACGUGUCUUCCAAAAACAAUGUUACAGUUUUGUUACAUACGACUAUAUUUUUAAAGCACUGGAACUGUUUCCCAUCGUCUGUUGCUACGGAUGGCAAGGAUGCAUUUUGUGUUUCAGGGGCGGAUCCAGGAUUUUUUUUAAGGAGGGGUGCACUCGUCUCUUGCUCAAAUUCAACUCCAAUAAACCACUUUUUUUUCCCGCAGAAUACCAGUUGUAUUAGAAAACCGCAGGUCAUCUCAGGGGGGCGCACCCCUGCACCCUCCCCCUAGAUCCGCCCCUGUGUUUGUGCAAAUUAAUCAAAGGCACUGAGUAAUGACGUAAGCACAGAAUUGACCUAAAACAACUGCAAUUAUACAUCGUGAUGUAGCCCCUUAAAUGCAACACUUAUUCCAGUAAAUGCGUUAAAUGAUAGGUUUUUUAGCCUUGUUUAUUUAAGCCGAUUUAUUUUUUUUUAAAAGGAAGAUGCAUUGGCCAGCCUCAGUUCUGUUCAAAUGGUACAACUAUGAUUUUCUGGGCAAAGUUUGACCAAUCACUGAAGUAUCAAAACGACAAAAAAUAUGUUUUUUCAAGUGGUGGGACGGAUUUUAAAUCUCAAGGAUUUUCAUUAUACAAGGAGUACUCAGAGUUUAUAUUAAAAGUAGCAAGUGACACUCAAGUGUGGAAAGCGUUCAUAGCUGGCGAUAAUAUACCAAUUGGAAGAUGGUUUUCUUUCGCCUUUACUUGGUCAAAAGGUAUGUUGUAUAUAUCGUAACGGAUACUUUAUCAUUGUUGAUCGUUAGCCUAUGUAGCCGGCGAGAUCGUUAGCGCGAGUAUUGCCCUGCCACGAGUAUUGCGGUUUCCACCAGGCCCUGGUUGUUCAAACGUCGGAUAGCGCUAUCCACCAGAUAAAUCACUAUCCAGCGGAUAAGUAUUAGGGAAACCAAUUGCGCUAUCCACUGGGUAGUGAUUUAUCCAGUGGAUAGCGUUAUCCGACGUUUGAACAACCGGGGCCAGAACUCUCGCACGGGCAAAAAUAAGUCCGCUAGCUACGCAAUUUCAAAACAUAAAAUUGUGGUCUCGAAACAUUUGGCUGCUCCUCAACAGUCUCAGUAUAUGAAGGAAUGUUUAUUCUGGGCUUCAACAGAUAAUAAUAGUAAUAUUGAUAAUAAUAAUAAUAAUAAUAAUAAUAAUAAUAAUAAUAAUAAAUAAUAAUAACGAUAACAAUAACCAUAACGGUAACGGUAACGGAUAACGAUAACGAUAAUGAAACGAUACUGAUGAUGAUGAUGAUAAUGAUAAUGAUAAUGAUAGUAAUUAUGAUAAAAAAGAACAUAUUUAACCAGGACAACUACGUCAGAUUUAGAGAAAACUGUUAUCAAUGCAGGUCCUGCCAAAAAAAAAAAUGUCUAGUGAUUCCCAUACCGGGAGUCAAACCCGGGCCGCCUGGGUGAAAACCAGGAAUCCUAACCGCUAGACCAUAUGGGAUUUACAUAGAUUUUGCAAUUGCUUUAUACGGUGUAGAACCUCAAUUUAACAAUGCUACAUCUAACAAAGAAAGAAAGAAACGAACGAUAAUUUUCGCCCCAGUAAUAGCAAACUUUAAGAAGAGAAAAGUGAUAUGACUAAACCACUUAAACAGAUAUUGCCAGUCUAUUAGCUUGAGCCUCCAUUAUAUCGAGCUUUCUUUGUGUAGCGUUUGUCAUCGAUCAUCCGUCAAGUAGUAUUUUGUCCGUUUGUCCUUGCCUAGUCCCUGGGCCUCAUUAUUCCACGCAGCCAGUACGUUUCGGAUCACGUGGUCUGAGCGAAGAAUCCGAGAAGAAGUGAGCCGUACAGGGACUAGGCAACAUUUGUCCGGUACUUUAAUCCAUUUCAUUCCUUCAUUUUUAUAUGCGUUGUUAUCAAAAUUAUCCUUCAUUGUUUAUUAAAGUGGUUAUUUUUGUGUUUCUGUCAAUUCGUUAGCCAGUUCAUAAUGAACAGGUUGCCUUUGUUUGAGUCAUGACAGAGGUUUGAAACUUUGUUUUACUUUUGGGUUUAAACAAAGUUGUAUAGCCCUUUGAAGGCCAGGAACAGGGUGAAUAAACAAAAAGUACGUAGUGUAGCUGUGACCUGCGCCUUUUUUUACUGGCGAGUGGCAAAGCUACACUUCGCCCAAUGUGGAAUUACCCAACUGCAAUCUUUCUUCCUUUUUUAGGGUCUGGAUUAAAGUACUAUAUAAAUGGAGAUCUUAGUGGCUCCCAGAUUAACCCCUCUUCCUACUCGCACGAAAAUAACUACAACGAUUUCAGGAUAGCUAAAUCUAGCAGCGACCAAAGUGCCUAUGGUUCGACCCUACAAAUGAAGUUCGACCAACUCGCUACGUGGAGUAGAAUUUUAAAUUCUCAGGAAAUCCAAAUUGCUUUCAAUCAAGGUAGGCUUAAAAUUUUAAACCAUUAGGAAACUCCUAAUUUAUCACCUAGUUAGAAUUGUCAUAUCGACCUAAAAGUUUAGAAGAAAUGGGAUCCUCGUGCGAAAUGCAAUACAGAGUGCAGAAAGGUCGUUGCGUUGUUAUUGGUAGUAAUUACAUUCUUUGCAACGGCCAUGACUCUUGCGUGUUGGCGAGUUUAGAGUGGGUCGGUAUCGAAUGGGUCAUUUCCCAGUCUCCUAAGCCUUUCUUUCAAGGCGAGCCUAAGUACGAACCACUGAUAUGAAAGGGAGCUUCUAUUCUCAUGGAAAUAUAACUCACAACACAACAAAACUUUCGCACGUAACCUCGUUUUGAAAGUGAAAAUUUUGGAACUCGAAAAUGGCCAGUUGCACAAUGGGACUGUCAGGGAGACUAUGGCUUCUUUUGUUGGAUGCUAUGAGGUUGCACAGAACACUGGGACAAAAUUCCUCCCUCAAACAGUCCCUCGGGACACAACCCCGACCCAAUUUUGCCCCUAGUCUCAAAAUAGCCAAUAGUGGAAAAUGAAUGACAAAAAAACCGAUAUACUAUUUUAGUAUAUACAUACUGAGAAAUACUCAUGAAAAAGCUAUGUCGUAAAUUUUAGUACGCAAAUGAGUUUUAGCCAAUCAGAGGCGCGAACGACGGCUUUCGCACUUAAAAAAAAAAGAUACGUCCAAUAAGAAUCGCAAACGAUGUUUUUUCACGUAUGAGAAAAAUGAUUUGUCCAAUCAGAAGCCACAGAGGUGUGUGAGUUUCGCGCCAAAAUUCCCACCUUUUAAAGGCGCUUGCAUUUUGCAGCGCCUCUUGCGGCGCCGCUUCG